GGACUUCCCCGGGUCUGGGCAGCGGGCCCCGGGCGGCCGGUUGUGGGGCCCGACUCCGACCCCGCCGCCGCUGCCGUCAUGAGGUUCCGCGUGUACAAGAGGAAGGUGCUGCUGCUGGCGCUGGUCGUGUUGGUGGCCGCCUGCGCCCUGUGGACGGGCGGCCGCCAGAGGAAGGCCGAGGCGGUGGUGCGGGAGGAGGCGGCGGCGGCGACGACGGCGCGGCCGGGGCAGGGCCUGGGGCCGGCGGUGAACGAGUCGCGGGCGGACGCCCCCGACAACCGCACGCUGGCCUACCGGGCGCUGGUCUACCAGCUCAACUUCGACCAGGUGGUGAGGAACGGCCUGGGGUCAGUGCCCCCGGGGACACGGGCCGCCGCUCCCGCCGGCCAUGACCUGGUGAUGGUGGUCCAGGUCCACGACCGGCCUGAGCACCUGCAGCUGCUGGUGGAUUCACUGCGCAGGGCCCGCGGCCUGCAGCGUCUGCUCCUCAUCUUCAGCCACGACCUGUGGUCGCCCCGCAUCAACCGCAUCGUGGACUCCGUCGACUUCUGCCCCGUGCUGCAGAUCUUCUUCCCCUUCAGCCUGCAGCUCUACCCAGGGGAGUUCCCGGGCCACGACCCCCGAGACUGCUCGCGGGAUGUGGGCCGCACCGCCGCCCUGCGGAUGGGCUGCAACAACGCCCAGUUCCCCGACUCCUUCGGACACUACCGGGAGGCGCACUUCUGCCAGACCAAGCACCACUGGUGGUGGAAGCUGCACUUCGUCUGGGACAAAGUCAAGGCCUUGCAGGAUUACAAGGGCCUGGUGCUCUUCAUUGAGGAGGACCACUACCUCUCGCCCGACUUUUACCACGUCCUCAAAGCCAUGUGGAGCUUGAAGACUGAAAACUGUCCCGACUGCGACGUACUGUCCCUCGGCACAUACGCGCGGGUUGGUGAUUACGGAGACAAAUCGAAUAAAGUUGAAGUGAAAACCUGGCGAUCGACAGAGCAUAACAUGGGCAUGGCCAUGGACAGGGCGACUUACCAGAAACUGAUGGAAUGCACAGAUGCUUUCUGCAAAUACGAUGACUAUAACUGGGAUUGGACACUGCAGCACCUAACAGUAUCUUGUUUGCCUCGGUAUUGGAAGGUGAUGGUUUGUGAAGCUCCUCGCAUUUUCCACUCUGGUGAUUGUGGCAUGCAUCACAAGAAAGCUUGCGCACCCUCUGUUGAAAUUUCUAAAAUAGACAGAAUUCUAAGUAACAAUGCACAGCAUUUGUUCCCAGAAACAAUGACAAUAAGCAAAGUCUAUCCAUUGGGUGCAAUAACUCCACAUGUGAAAAAUGGAGGUUGGGGGGAUAUAAGGGACCAUGAACUUUGUGCAAGUUAUCGUCGGUUGCAGUAAUUAUGUGAUACAUUUUAUGCCAUAUCAUGUUUAUGAUAGUCUAGAUUUCCCCUGUUAUAAAAUCAAACUACUGUGUGAUGCAAUCUUUGGAUUUCAAUCAAAAGUGGCUGCUCCUACGGCUCAAAUUUAAAAUACAAUAGAAGAUUAUGGGCUGGGGGUCCUGGGCUUGGCCUAACUCGAGUUAAUUUGUCCCAACCAAGGUUGCAGUAGGGGAUAUUACAAUUGGAUUCAUCAUCCUCUGAUACACUUUUGAUCAGUGUCAGCAACGAUACAAGAGAGCAGAAUUGGUGAAGCCUGAAACAUUCAGGUCCCCGUGCCAAUGUAGCUUUUUGGCACUUGCCAUUACCAUUGGAUGAUACGAAUAAGGUGCUGGAGGAAUGCUGGUACAAUGUAUGCAGGUCAAUGCCUUUACAAAAGAAGCUGGAAAGCGAAUGUUUUUUAUUUGAUUUUUAAAGAACAAGCCCUUUUAGCAAGAGUUGCCAUUCUUUGUAUUGCUCCUUGAACCUAUUGUAUGUUCUGGCAAUUGAAGAGGAGGUAAAGCAACUACUGUAUUUCCCGGCAAUGAAGACGCUAUUUUCUUAAUCUAAAAUAAGGCCUGAAAACGUACCUGCGUUUUGGAGGCGGAAGGUUAGAUUGUUCGCCAAACUUGGCUGGGCCGCCAUGGGUAAAGUUGCAGGGAGGGCAGGAGCGUUGAGAAGGAGGGGGUCAGGGAUCAUGCCAGCAAAUCACUCAGUAGCUUGGGUGGCUACGAGCUCCCCCCGGGAUCGGACACCAGAACCGGCCGCUACCUCAGCGCCUUCUGCCAGCCAGCCACGGUGUCAUUCGGCACAGCGCAACCGGUGGAGGUGGUGGUUGGCGCGUCGCUACUGGGUGGAAGGCUGGCUGCUCUGCCCCGGGCUCUCUCUCUCUCCCCGUUAUGUGAUCUCCCUGAGCCAAGAAGUCCCUGUCCCUCAGACCUGAACCGCAUAGCGCAUUGUGGGACAGGCGAAGAUGGAGGCUCCCCAUUCCUCAUUGACUGCUUGAAGGAGUUUCACAUCUUCCUUUCUACUGACUAAACCAAACCCUAGAUCCUGUCCCGCCAGCCUUUUUUCAAAAUCUAUCGACUCAAAAUGGGGAUGCGACUUCGACAUUGCCGGGAAAUACGGUAUAUGAUGACAAAGAAGUCAAAUGCUGUAAAGGUUAUUUGUCUUUAUUUUGGUUUACUUUACAAGUGAUGCUUACAAACCCAGCAUUGUCACUGCUGUUUAGUGUCUUUGUUUUUUUUUUUGAACAUGCCUUAAUGUGUGGUAUAAGUGAUUAUCAUAAAUUUAUCACCCAGGCUACUUCUGCUGCAAGCGCUGAACUGCAACUGGAAGUGCUUUUAUUAUGCAGUUCAAAGUGCUUACCGCUCAAAACACCCAGAGAUCCAAGAGCAGAAUCUGCAACUAUACUGCAGAGAUGGAAACGGAUGAAGAUUUAUACAGUUCCUGAAGUUAUAGUAAAGAGUAAACACCCAAAGAAUGGCUAUGUGAAAAUGUUACUAUAUUGACAUCUUGGCGACGGAACUGUUCAGUUCUUUAAAUGGCAAAUCUGUAAAUAUUACUGCAGUGCAAUGUUUUUGUUUAUAUGUUGGCAACUGUGUCUAAAAUAACCAGCAUGCCUUUUCCCUGUGAUUGCAUUUAAUAGGGUUCAUCUGACUUGACUGGUGUUGCUUCAUGCCAGUUUGAGACACUGCUGCUCCUCUGAAACUCCACACUUUAAAAGAUAAAAAUACCUUGGUUGGAUUAUUUUUUUUGUAUUUCAUUGUACAGCCUCCUAAAAUAAAAGGAAAAUCCCA